UGACGCUGAACUGGCGAUCACGCAGGUUCUUUAUUUCGUUCUGUCUACAGCUUUACUGCUACUCGCACUGAAUUUCGCCGAGCACUUGAGUGAACAAGUGAAGUCUGUUAAAAAGUCUAGUAGUGAGUUUGGUGUGAAUCAAGGCGGAACAAUGACGAGUUUUGUAAAUAUACCAGAGGGAAGUGAUUUCCCGCUUGAAAAUCUACCAUAUGGUGUAUUCUCAACAAAAUCGAAUCCCCGUAAGCGUGUCGGUGUCGCCAUUGGUGAGCAUGUGAUCGAUCUUGCCGGUGUAGCGCAAUUGUAUGCACCCGAAGUGCAGGACGCACUUAAUUCAGAAUCUCUGAAUUUAUUGAUGAGUCUUGGUCACUUCGCUUGGAAUGUGGUGCGCACACGCACACGCGAGUUGUUGUUGAAGGGUUCGGUGCUCGAGGAAAAUCAAGUUUUGGCACAGAACGUACUCAUACCACAAGCAGAGAUUGAGCUGCAUCUUCCUGCCCAAAUUGGCGACUACACCGACUUCUACUCAUCCAUACAUCAUGCCACCAAUGUGGGCAUUAUGUUCCGCGGCAAGGAGAACGCCUUGAUGCCGAAUUGGCGUUACCUGCCCGUGGGUUAUCAUGGUCGCGCUAGUUCAGUUGUGGUCUCUGGCACACCAAUAAGACGUCCGUUCGGACAAACUUUGCCCGUAGAUGGUCAGCCACCAGUUUUUGGUCCUUGUAAAUUAUUGGAUUUCGAAUUGGAGGUAGCCUUCUUUGUUGGCGGUCCGGGCAAUCAGUUGGGUGAGCGUAUUUCCGCAGAGGAUGCUUGGCAGCAUGUUUUUGGUUUUACACUCAUGAAUGAUUGGAGUGCACGUGAUAUACAAAAGUGGGAAUAUGUGCCUUUGGGUCCUUUUACUUCUAAAAACUUGGGCACUACCAUCUCGCCUUGGGUUGUGCCCGUUGCUGCGUUGGAGCCAUUCGUAGUGGAUAAUUUCCCACAAGAACCGGCAGUGUUUCCCUAUUUGAAACAUGAGCGCCCCUUUAACUUUGAUAUCAAGCUGGAGAUUUCACUUAAACCCGAGGGUGGCCCUGAGUCGGUGAUCAGCAAGUCUAACUACAAAUAUUUAUAUUGGACCGCUUUGCAGCAGAUUGCUCAUCACACUGUCACCGGUUGUAAUGUGCGUCCGGGUGAUUUAAUGGCAUCUGGUACGAUAAGUGGUGAGACGGAGGACUCUUACGGUUCUAUGUUGGAGCUCAGUUGGCGCGGUUCGAAGACAAUCAAUUUAGAGGGUGGCGCUACUAGGAAAUUUUUACAGGAUGGCGAUGAGCUCAUUAUUCGUGGCCGUUGCGAACGUAAUGGUGUGCGUAUUGGUUUUGGUGACUGCGCCGGCAAAGUCCUGCCCGCUAUACCCCUCUGAAGACUAGGCUAUUCAUGUAUCAACGAAAUAUUUUUAUGUAAUCUCUUUUUAAUAUAAAUAAUUGUUUCCAA